UACGCCAGCACAUAAAACCUGCGCAUAGAUCUCAUCACUUCAAGUGAUCACAUUCCUCUCUGCUUGCUGUCUUCACCAUACACAAACACUUCCAAAUUCCACCUCUUCAUCUCCCUGUUUUCUUCCACCAAUAACCCCACAAAAGAUCUCCUCUUUUUUUUUUCUUUUCCAACCCAAAUAUACUUUCUUUAAUUCCUAAAUCUUCACAUUCACAUCUGAUCUGAUCUCUCACAUUCAUAUCAUCAAGAUUCAUACUUGACAGUUUACAACCAUCAUAUGUACAUAUCAUUUUUGAUUCAAUCUAACACUCCCUUUCUAUAAAGAUUUGCUUAUUUAUAUCCAGAAAAAGAAAGAAAAAAAGGGUCUUUCUUGUCUUAAAGAAUCAAGAAUGUCACAGGUGAAACCUCUAAAGAAGCCACCAGGCUUCAAAGAUCCUACAAUUCCAAUCCAAAUGCCACCCAAACCGCGAAAAAUUAACGUUCCACCACCAUUAUACCCGCAAAAGAAAAAACGAAGAAGUUGUUGUUGUUAUUGUUGUUGUUGCUGUUUGAUUAUACUAAUCUUGUUACUCUUUUUAGUAGCAGCUUGUGGUUUUCUUUACCUUUGGUUUAAUCCAAAACUCCCUGUUUUCCAUUUAAGAUCCCUAGAGUUUGCUAAAUUCAAUGUCACUGAAAGCCAAGACGGGCCUAAAAUGAAUGCACAAUCUACACUUGUGGUGGAGUUAAAAAAUCCAAACAGGGACUUAAAGAUUGUGUAUGGUGACACUAGAGUGGAAUUGAAAGGCGAAAAUGACGUUAACAUGGGUGAAGGGAAAGUUUCUGGUUUUGUUCAAGAGAAGAAGAAUGUUAAAGUUGUCAAAUUCGUUAUGCAGACGUCGAAUGAGAUGUUGUAUGGGAAUAGUGUUGGGAAAGUUAUGAGUAUUGGAUUCAAGAACAAGAAUUUGAGAGUUUCUGCAGAUGUGAAUACUGAUAUUGGUAUUGGGUAUAAUGAGUGGAAGAGUUGGAAAAUUGGAGUUAGAGUUUCUUGUGGAUCUUUGAGGUUAAAGCAGAUUGAAAAUGGUGCUACACCUAAAUGUGGCAUUACCCUGUUUAACUGGUUUCAUUUAAAUUGAUUGAUUCAAGGCCUAUUCACACAUAUAUAACUGGGAAAAAGGAUUGAAGGCAUCGCUAUCACCUUAGGAUGAGAAGAAUGAAAUACUAUUGUGUCUAAAUUCAUACAUAAGUUCAUACUCUUAUACUCACCAUUUAGAUGUAAAAUCUUAUCUAAGUUAAUUUGAGAAGUUCCAUCUUA